AGCUCAAGCUUUGGCUUUGGUUGCAAUGGCUACUGCUUCACUCAUUUCCUCCCCAUCACUUCUUCCAACUAAGCCCUUAACAAUUCAUCGCCAAAAUCAGAAUCAUUACACGACAGCCUUCAGAAAUCGUGCAUCCUUCAAGCUUCUAGCUGCCAAGCUUCCUGCUGGUGUUGAAGUGCCAAAAGUAGAGCCAAAAUUCAAAGCACCUUUUCUUGGAUUUACGAGGACAGCUGAGAUAUGGAAUUCUAGGGCCUGUAUGAUUGGCAUAAUUGGUGUUUUCAUUGUAGAACUGAUUAUAAACAAAGGAAUACUUCAGACGAUCGGGGUAGAUGUUGGCAAAGGUCUUGAUAUUCCUCUCUAAAGAUUCAACCCAGGAGACAAGCACCAUAGCUCUAUCUAUAUGCCGCUUUAUUGGGAACAAGUAAACAUAUUUUGUUGUAUUAAAAAUCACAACUCAUUAUGUAUUUCAUUUCUCAACUCUGUAACACUUUUGACUAUCGUAUUUGUUAUACAAAUAAUAUAAAACGUGCCACGUAAAA